AAUGUUCAUCGAUAGAAAUCAUACUCAAUGUGUUUAGUAAUCGAGCGAACUUGCAUGUAAACGCAACUUUAACGUUCAAAAAAAGUGCAAAUAUUUUAUAAAAAUAAUGUCACCGAAAGCCGAUAUAGCCUUAAUUGGUUUGGCCGUUAUGGGUCAGAAUAUCAUUUUGAAUAUGGAUUCGAAAGGUUUUAUAGUAUGUGCCUAUAAUCGUACCAUUGAUAAAAUUCAGCAUUUUCUUAACAAUGAAGCCAUGGGCACAAAAAUCAUUGGUGCCAAUUCAUUAGAGGAUAUGAUCAGUAAAUUGAAAAUUCCACGCAAAAUUAUGCUAUUAGUGAAGGCUGGCCAAGCAGUUGAUAGUUUUAUAAAACAACUAAUACCGUUAUUAUCACCUGGCGAUGUUAUCAUUGACGGAGGCAAUUCUGAAUAUUUGGACACCGCACGACGUUGCAAUGAAUUGAAAGAUAAGGGCCUAUUGUUUGUGGGAUCAGGUGUAAGUGGGGGUGAGGAAGGAGCUCGCUAUGGUCCAUCGCUUAUGCCUGGUGGCAACGCGGACGCUUGGCCCUUGAUUAAAGAUAUUUUUCAAGCCAUAUGCGCUAAAGUAGAUGGACAACCGUGUUGCGAUUGGGUAGGCGAGGGAGGCGCUGGCCAUUUCGUGAAAAUGGUUCAUAAUGGCAUCGAAUACGGUGAUAUGCAAUUGAUAUGCGAAGCAUAUCAUAUUAUGCAUAGUCUAGGUUUACAACCUGAUGAGAUUUCAAAACAAUUUACUCAAUGGAAUAAUGAAGAAUUGGAUUCUUUUCUUAUUGAAAUCACAGCCGAUAUAUUGAAGUACAAAGAUGACAAGGGUUAUUUGCUGGAACGUAUCCGUGAUACAGCCGGUCAAAAAGGUACGGGUAAAUGGACUGCGAUAGCUGCACUGCAAUACGGCAUACCUGUUACGUUAAUCGGCGAAGCUGUAUUUUCACGUUGCCUAUCAGCUCUUAAGGAAGAACGUUUAAAAGCUAGUAGACACUUGCCAGGUCCAGAAAUUGUAAUUAAAGCGGAUAAUUUGAAGGCAUUCCUCAAUGAUAUUAAGCACGCUUUGUAUUGCUCAAAAAUUGUAUCGUACGCACAGGGUUUCAUGUUAAUGCGUGAAGCGGCCAAAGAAAAUAAUUGGCAUUUAAAUUAUGGCGGCAUUGCUCUAAUGUGGAGAGGAGGCUGCAUCAUUAGAAGCGUUUUCUUAGGCAAUAUAAAAGAAGCUUAUGAAUGCAAUGCGAAUUUGUCAAAUUUGCUAUUGGAUCCGUUCUUUAAGAAGGCCAUACAAUCAGGCCAACAAUCGUGGCGUCAUGUAGUAUCGAAAGCUUGCCUCUGGGGUAUUCCGGUGCCCGCUUUAUCCACAGCAUUAUCUUUUUAUGAUGGCUAUCGCUCUAGCAGAUUACCAGCAAAUUUAUUGCAGGCUCAACGUGAUUACUUCGGUGCUCACACUUAUGAACUGUUAGGCGGAGAGGGCAAAUUUGUGCACACCAAUUGGACGGGCACAGGCGGUGAUAUCUCAGCCACUACGUAUCAAGCUUAACAAAGUUGUUUUCAUUGUUUUCAUAUAUUUACAAUGAAUAUAUAUAU